AAAUCCCACACACAACACAGUAACACACCACACCGCUCGAUCGAUACGCCGACGAAACCUUGCGUAAGCAGCGCUCUCCGGCGAGGCUCUCCUCGUCGCCGUCGAGGAUGUCCGGCGACACCAAAUUCAGCGUCCUCGCCAGCCUCUUCAGCUGGAUGCAGAGGAGCAAGUCCUCCGCUCAGAAGCGCUCCAAGUUCCGGAAGCUCCUCGACACCUACUGCAGGCCCAGCGACUACUUCACCGCCAUCCGGUUGAUCCUGCCCUCGCUCGAUCGCGAGCGCGGCACCUACGGCCUCAAGGAGUCCGUCCUCGCCACCUGCCUCGUCGACGCCCUCGGCAUGUCCCGGGACUCCGAGGACGCUCUCCGCCUCUUCAACUGGCGCCGCGGGGGCCCCAAGUCCGGCGCCAAUGCUGGCAAUUUCGCUCUCGUCGCCGCCGAGGUGCUGCAGCGUCGGCAAGGAAUGGCAUCUGGGGGCCUAACCAUUAAGGAAUUAAAUGAUUUGCUUGACCAUUUGGCAUCAAGUGAAAACAGGGCAGAAAAGACUUCAGUUCUUUCUACUUUAAUAAAGAAGACAAAUGCCCAGGAGAUGAAGUGGAUUAUCAUGAUAAUUCUUAAAGAUCUGAAGUUGGGCAUCAGUGAAAAGAGCAUAUUCCACGAAUUUCAUCCAGAUGCUGAGGAUAUGUUCAAUGUCACGUGUGAUUUGAAAUUGGUCUGUGAGAAGCUUAGAGAUCGUGGCCAACGGCAUAAGCGCCAGGACAUAGAAGUUGGCAAAGCUGUUCGUCCUCAACUUGCAAUGAGAAUUGGCAGUGCAGCUGCUGCAUGGAAAAAGCUUCAUGGAAAGGAGGUGGUUGUUGAAUGCAAAUUUGACGGUGACCGCAUCCAAGUUCACAAGAAUGGAUCUGAGAUACAUUUUUUCUCCAGGAAUUUUCUGGAUCACACGGAAUAUGGACCAGGAAUGUCGGACAUCAUAAUCAAUAAUAUUGUGGUCAACAGAUGCAUCCUUGAUGGUGAGAUGCUGGUUUGGGACAAGUCUACGAAUCGUUUUGCCGAGUUUGGUUCAAAUCAGGAAAUAGCAAAGGCAGCAAGGGAUGGGCUUGCCAGUGAUAGACAGUUGUGCUAUGUUGCGUUUGACAUCCUGUAUGCUGGGGAUACCAGUGUUAUCCACCAAACCUUGAAGGAAAGACAUGAGCUUCUCCGGAAAGUUGUGAAGCCUUUUAAGGGUCAUUUGGAGAUCUUGGUACCUGAUGAUGGCCUCAACAGUCACCGUCCUCCUGGGGAGCCUUGUUGGUCUCUUAUUGCUCAUACUAUGGAUGAUGUCGAGAGGUUUUUCAAAGAAACAAUCGAGAACAGAGAUGAAGGAAUUAUCUUGAAAGAUCUUAGUUCCAAAUGGGAGCCAGGUGAUCGGAGUGGAAAGUGGUUAAAGCUGAAGCCAGAUUAUAUUCGUGCUAGUACAGACUUGGAUGUUCUUAUCAUAGGAGGAUACUAUGGAUCUGGGCGUCGUGGAGGGGAGGUGGCUCAAUUUUUGGUUGGUCUUGCUGAGUGUGCACCUGCAAACACAUAUCCUAGACGAUUCAUUUCCUUUUGUAGAGUGGGUACCGGACUGUCUGAUGAGGAACUCGAAGCUGUUGUCACCAAAUUAGAGCCAUACUUUAGGAAAUAUGAAUUUCCUAAGAAGUCACCACCAAGUUUUUUUGAAGUGACAAACCAUUCAAAGGAAAGGCCAGAUGUCUGGGUUGAGAGUCCUGAGAAAUCCAUUAUACUUUCUAUAACCAGUGACAUCCGGACUAUAAAUUCCGAGGUGUUUGCUGCUCCAUACAGUCUAAGAUUUCCACGAAUUGACAGAGUUAGAUGGGAUAAGGCUUGGCAUGAGUGUCUUGAUGUCCAAUCUUUUGUGGAACUGGUACAUUCAAGCAAUGGUACCACACAUGGGGGAAUGGAUUACAAAGGCCAGCUGGCAAGUGGGCCAAAGCGUAAGAGGUCUUCUGAUAAAGUAAAGGGAGAGAAAAGGAACUUGACCGUUGUCCCUUCUCAUUUCGUGCGAACUGACAUUUCUGGCCUUAAAGGGGAAACUCAGAUAUUUUCAAGUUUGAUGUUCUACUUUGUAAAUGUUCCUCCGAACCUUUCUCUUGAUGCGUUGCAUAAAAUGGUUGUUGAGAAUGGUGGCAACUUCUCCAUGAAUCUGAAUGAUUCGGUUACCCAUUGUAUUGCAGCUGAAAGCAAGGGGAUCAAAUUUCAGGCAGCAAAACAGAGAAAAGAUAUUAUUCAUUACUCAUGGGUCCUGGAUUCUUGUUCACAAAAGAAGCUUCUUCCUCUGCAGCCAAAGUACUUUCUCUUCCUAUCUGAUAUAUCAAAGAGGAAGUUGCAAGAAGAAAUUGAUGAGUUUUCUGACUCUUACUAUUGGGAUCUUGAACUUGCAGAUAUCAAACAACUUUUAAAUAAUGUGGAAAGAUCAGAAGACCCUCGUCGCGUCAAUUAUUACAAGAAAAAAUUCUGCCCGUCAGAGAAGUGGUCGUGCUUUCACGGAUGCUGCAUUCACUUCUGUUCUUCAACGAAGGCAUUAAAACCGGAAUGGGAUCUCUUGUUGAGGCUAAUGCAAAGGAGAUUGGAACUGGAAGUAUUGUGGGGUGGUGGAGAAGUCAGCAAUCAUCUCGGACAUGCUACUCACGUGGUUGUAGUGUCAGAACCUGGAACUUCAGUCGAUAUUGAUGUGAUCUUGAGAAGCUUAUGUGCACCAGAAAAACAUCUUCUAAGCAAGAAGAGAUUGCAUGUAGUUGAUUUCAAAUGGUUGGAAGACUGCAUGGAAAGAGGUGAGAAAUUGCCUGAGGGUCCGUAUGACUUGAGAACUACUUGGAUAGAAGAAUCAGACACUGCUUGGAUAGAAGAGUCGGAUACGGGAGUUUGCAAACAUGAGGCUAGUCAAGAGAAGUCGGUUUCCAGCUUGCGCAAAGAGGAGGAACAGUUGUCGUCUUUUGUGGAGGAGGUGGUAGAAGCCAAAGGUAAAGCAGCUUCAGAAGACCAGACUGGUGGCAAAAGAAGAAGAGGAAGACCUGCUACCAUCAACAGAAAUAGGGGUAAAAUUUGUAGCAAUCAAGCUGGGAGGAAGCGAGCACGUCUUGGAAAGAAACCUGUAAAAAUAUCGGGAAAUGAAUCUGAUGAAAGCAGUUCUGCUACUGAAACAGCGCAUGCAGAUACGAAGAACAAAAAAGACAGUAGAAUUCAUAAAACUUCGAAGGAUGAGAUGGCUGAAAGUCCGGACAAUGUGAAAGAAGAGAUUUCGGAGUCUUUACUAGGAGGCAGGACAGAAAAGUCGGGGAAUGUGGAUCCACGGGAAGGAACGUCCAGCGAUGGUCAGAAAACAGAAUUUGGGGAGAAGCAUGAUGACCAAUUCAUCGGGAAGAUCGAGAUUAGGAGUGACCCAGUUGAAGCUAUGCUAUUGGACAUGAUCCCAAGCCUUGGAAUGAGAAAGGUGGAGAUAACCGAUCACUCUGUUGAAAGGGAGAAGCUCCCAGUUGAACCCGUCGAGCAGCCUCAGAAGAAAAAGAAAGUAAGCUAUAAGGAUGUUGCCAGUGAGCUUCUUAAGGAUUGGUAGACAUCUGUCAUUUUUGCAACUGUGUUGUGCUAACUAUUGGGAGUUUAUGUAACUUAAAUGAUAGAUGAGCUGUCUAUACUUUCCAAGGUGGUUAUUGUUUAGUGUAUAUAGUUUGCUUGGGUUUGAAAUUUGUGGAA